CAUCUAAUUAAUUAUAUUAAUUCGACUAAUUUCGCCAUGUUUGAUUUCACAAUGGAAAAUAAAUCAAUCGCUAAGAUAUCAAAAAUUGUUUACAGGAAUAAAUUAACUUACAGCUUACAGGAGGACGUCGAGAACAACUCGAAUUCGAAAGAAGAGAGAUAACAGAUAAAUUCAAAAAAUCUGUGCACCGAAACUGACGAAAGUUGGCCGAAGACAGCCGAAGUGUAAGGCAGCCUCUCCAUGUAUGGCUUCAUGUAAACACGUCGGAAUGAACGGACCUCUCGUUGUGUUUACUAUCUGGCAGAUGUGACCAACUUCAUGGCGCGAUAAAUUGAAAAACACACAAGCAAGGGUGGAAAGGGAGCGCUCGGUUGAAACUGGUUGAAGAAACUUAUUCGUAUGCACGAGAGUGUUUAUCGUCCACCAGACCGUAUAUUAUGAAAGCAAUGUCUCAUCAUUACAUAGUGACGGCGCACAAACCAACAGCUGUCACUGCCUGCGUGACCGGUAAUUUCACCUCUCCUACGGAUUUGAAUCUGAUACUGGCUAAGAAUGUACGUUUGGAGAUAUACCUUGUAACUCCGGAAGGUCUUAGACCUUUGAAAGAGGUCGGCAUCUACGGUAAAAUAGCAGUCAUCAAGUUCUUCAGGCCGCUGCACGAGAAGAAGGAUCUUCUAUUUUUAUUAACAACAAGUUAUAAUGCUAUGAUCUUGGAAUGUACGGGCGAAGGAGAAGAUAUAGAGAUUAUAACAAAGGCUCAUGGGAAUGUGGCUGAUCGUAUUGGAAAAGCUUCCGAAACUGGGAUUAAAGCUGUUAUUGAUCCAAAAGCUCGAGUAAUCGGUCUUAGACUAUAUGAUGGUCUCUUUAAGAUUAUACCCUUGGACAAAGAUAAUCCAGAAUUGAAAGCAUCUUCCAUUCGUAUGGACGAACAACAAGUGCAAGAUGUAAAUUUUCUCCAUGGAUGCACCAAUCCUACCUUAAUUUUAAUUCAUCAAGACAUUAAUGGCAGACAUGUGAAAACACACGAAAUCAACUUGAGGGAAAAAGAAUUUUCAAAGAUACCUUGGAAACAGGAUAACGUAGAGCGGGAAGCUAUGAUGGUUAUUCCUGUACCUAAUCCCAUCUGUGGUGCAAUUAUAAUAGGACAAGAGAGUAUUUUAUAUCACGAUGGUACUACAUAUGUUGCUGUAGUACCACCAAUUAUAAAGCAGAGCACCAUCACUUGUUACGCCAAAGUCGAUAAUCAAGGAUUAAGAUAUUUGUUGGGAGAUAUGGCCGGUCAUUUGUUUAUGUUGUUCCUAGAGCUAGAAAAGAAGCCUGAUGGGACGCAAGUGGUGAAAGAUUUGAAAGUUGAGUUAUUAGGCGAAAUCAGUAUACCAGAAUGUAUAACUUAUUUAGAUAAUGGCGUAAUAUAUGUCGGUAGCCGGCUAGGUGAUUCUCAAUUGAUCAAAUUAAUAACAAAAGCAGAUGAAAAUGGAUCCUACUGUGUACCUAUGGAAACUUUCACAAAUUUGGCACCUAUUGUCGAUAUGGCUGUUGUAGAUCUGGAAAGACAGGGUCAAGGACAGAUGGUAACAUGCUCGGGUGCUUUUAAAGAAGGUUCCCUGCGAAUUAUUAGAAACGGUAUUGGUAUACAGGAACAUGCAAGUAUCGAUCUACCAGGGAUUAAAGGUAUGUGGGCACUUAAAGUUGGCGGUGGUAACUUUGAUAAUACAUUGGUGUUGUCGUUUGUCGGGCAAACUAGGAUUUUGACAUUAAACGGCGAAGAGGUCGAAGAGACAGAUAUACCAGGUUUUGUCGCAGAUGAACAAACAUUUCAUACGGGCAACGUUACUAACGAUUUAUUUAUCCAAAUAACUCCAACAUCAGCCAGAUUGAUCUCGCACGAAAGCAAAAUGGUCGUCUCCGAAUGGGAACCACAAAAUAAGCGGACCAUCAGUGUGGUAGCCUGCAAUGGCACCCAAGUUCUUUGCGCCACAGGAAAUGAUUUGUUUUAUAUGGAAAUCUCAUGCAAUCAGAUUGUACCGAAAGGAUUUGCUACCUUGCAGCAUGAAGUAGCAUGUUUGGAUAUUUCUCCUUUGGAUGGCCUAAAUGAGGCCAAGAUUGUCGCUGUUGGACUUUGGACGGACAUCUCUGUUCGUAUCUUGACUCUGCCCGGUUUAGAGGAGAUCAAUAAGGAACUUCUCGGAGGCGAAAUUAUACCUAGAUCUAUUUUAAUGACUUGUUUCGAAGGCAACACGUACUUACUCUGUGCUCUAGGUGACGGCAGCAUGUAUUAUUUCACUCUGUACAAACAAAGCGGUAUGCUUUCGGACAAGAAAAGAGUCACCUUAGGUACGCAACCCACGGUUCUCCGAACUUUCCGAUCGCUCUCUACGACGAAUGUAUUCGCAUGUUCGGACAGACCCACUGUAAUUUAUUCUUCGAAUCAUAAGCUUGUCUUUAGCAAUGUUAAUCUUAAAGAAGUGAAUCAUAUGUGUUCUUUGAACGCGGAAUCGUAUCCCGACAGUCUGGCAUUAGCGACAGACAGCACCGUCACCAUCGGCACAAUCGACGAAAUUCAAAAAUUGCACAUAAGAACGGUUCCGCUCGGAGAGUCACCGAGGAGGAUCGCUUAUCAGGAAAGCUCUCAGACCUUCGGCGUCAUCACGAUGCGCGUCGACGUGCAAGAGAGCAGCGGCGUCAGCAUCGUCAGGCAUUCCGCGUCCACUCAGGCAGCUUCCACGUCCAGCAGCAGUCACAUCGCGUCGCACAACAAACCCAGCGGACACACAGCCAGCGAGAUCGGCCAAGAGAUCGAGAUUCACAAUCUCCUCAUCAUCGACCAGCACACCUUUGAAGUUCUACAUGCUCACACCCUGAUGCCGACAGAGUACGCGUUAUCGUUGAUCUCGACGAGAUUGGGCGAGGAUCCGACCUCGUAUUUCGUUGUCGGAACCGCGUUUAUAAAUCCUGACGAGACUGAGCCGAAAAUGGGUAGAAUAUUGUUGUAUCACUGGAGCGAUGGAAAGCUUACGCAGGUCGCGGAGAAAGAAAUCAAAGGUUCCUGUUAUUCUUUGGUAGAAUUUAAUGGCAAACUUUUGGCGAGUAUCAACAGUACAGUACGACUGUUCGAGUGGACCGCGGAGAAGGAGCUUAGAUUGGAAUGCAGCCACUUCAACAACAUUAUAGCGCUUUACUUGAAAACCAAGAGUGAUUUUGUCCUAGUAGGCGACCUUAUGAGAUCCCUCACAUUGCUUCAGUACAAAACUAUGGAAGGUAGUUUCGAGGAGAUAGCUAGAGAUUACAAUCCUAAUUGGAUGACUGCUAUUGAAAUAUUAGAUGACGAUACUUUCCUAGGAGCUGAAAAUUGUUUCAAUCUUUUUAUAUGUCAAAAAGAUAGUGCCGCGACAUCUGAAGAUGAGAGACAGCAGAUGCAGGAAGUAGGCCAGUUUCAUCUGGGUGACAUGGUUAACGUCUUCCGGCACGGUUCAUUAGUGAUGCAGAAUUUGGGAGAAUCGAGCACGCCCACCCAGGGUUGCGUAUUAUUUGGAACUGUCAGCGGCGCGAUCGGUCUUGUGACGCAAAUUCCGUUUGCGUUUUACGAAUUUCUGCGCAACUUGGAGGAAAAAUUAACCAGCGUGAUAAAAAGUGUAGGCAAAAUAGAACACAAUUUCUGGAGGAGUUUCAAGACGGAUUUAAAAAUUGAGCAAUGCGAAGGAUUUAUAGACGGGGAUCUAAUUGAAUCUUUCCUCGAUUUAAAUCACGAAAAAAUGGCGGAAGUUGCGAUGGGCCUUAUGAUUGAUGAUGGCAGCGGAAUGAAAAAGGAAUCGACGGUAGACGAUCUUGUAAAAAUAGUAGAGGAUCUCACAAGGAUACAUUAAAUGUUAUUAUACAAGUAAACAAUAUUACAAGUCUUUGAAAACUAUCUGGAAGAACGAGAAGAUAUAAGCGAGAAAAAAGCGGCUCAAAAACGGCUCAAAAAGAUUAUUUAAGCGGGAAGGCAAAUAUUUAUAUAGUUAUCUUUGUUAUCAUUGGUAGCAUGUAAUGACAUUAACGGCAUUACAAACACGGCAUGUAAUAACAUAAAUCUUCUCUUUCGCGGUUCCUACAUCCUUUCGUAUACAUCCGAAUAUAUACAUGCACGUUAUUAAUGUUUUAGAGAUGCUGUUAAGAUAAAGUGUAAAAAAUUCAAAUUCCUUCGUCGCUCAUUUAUCGCACGUUUUUUUAGCAUGCUCGGUGACAAGCAGUAUUUUGUUAAAUUUUAUUUUAGACUGCGCAGACGUAGACUGUAUAUGACAACACGCGUUAAUAUAUAUCUUCUCCAAAAAAACCCGCGAAUUUAUAGUAUACAUUUAUAACUUUGUAAGAUCGAGUGUAAAUAAAAAUGAAGACGAGACAUUUUAA